CACGCAUCUGGACCCUUCUCCCUGCUUCUCCUUCUCCCCCUCCUUCGUUUGGCCCCAAGGGCACCAUUGUUGCUGGAUCCAGAGCUCCAUGGCUACAGCUGAAGUUUGACCCAGCCCCAAAAAUCCAACAGCAGCUACCAGAAAACUCUUGCCCCCACCCCUCCCCAUUACCUCUGCCCCUGUCCUACAUCUGCUGGUUGGCGAUGAUUGACUUAAACAAAUUGCCUGUUGAUGAUGGUCACUCUGAAGUGCGUUUUACGGGUGGGAUUGGAGUUGAAGACCCCAUGUACUGCACGCAGCCUAAUGCCCCACAACUUGGUGGAGUCUACAAUGAGGUUGUAGGAGAAUCGCCUAAUGCCAUGAGUACCCAACAUGCUCCUGUUGCGCCUGAAGAAGCUAUGCAGACAGAAGGCGACAUUUUUGAUGACACAACGACGUUUGGUGAAACAGGUGGAACUAUUGCACAAGGGGUUGUGGGAAAUGUUAAUGACGAUGAAGCUUGGUCCCAACCAAGAGAGCCUUUCAUAGGAAUGAGGUUUGAUACUCUUGAGUGUGCUCAAGAACAGUACAAUGCCUAUGCUCUCCGACUUGGGUUUUCGAUGAACACUUCUAGGAAAAACACAAAAACUGGAAAGUUGGAGAAGCAACAAUUUGUUUGCAAUAAGUUUCGAAAACCAAAAGUUGAUGAUGGAGGUGCGGAAAUUGUCCCUGCCCUAGAUGUGAUUGAGGACACUAAUGGAGAUGCAAAAGAUGGUGCAGACGAUGAGAUUGUCUUCCUUGAUGAUGAGUGCAGGAAAAAAAGAAGUCCAAGAAAAGAAAGCGAGAUACAAUAGCCCAGACAGGAUGCAGAGCAAGGAUGGUUGUGAAGCUAAAGGAU